CUCCUCCUCUCCACCUUGAUCCCUCCAUCCACGCGCAGGAGUAGAUUGAGGCCAGUCGCGCUUCGGGCUCCCGUCGAAUCAGGUGGUGCCACUGGGUCUGCUGUGUUGAAGGGCCGAGAAACGUCCACGUCGGAAUUCAAGAUAUCGCCUCAUCACUCCGUGACAGGAAAGUGGCCCGUUUUCUCCCACUGCAGGCUCCGUCGAGCGACCACUCCGGAUUCACACAACGAAACAACGUGCUUCGUGGAUGGUGUCUCGUGUUGUCGUGGUGAAUUGGUGUGAAUUUUGUGCGAACAUCGGAUACUUGUGGGUGGUGGUGUGAGCUGAGUUUGGAUUAAGACCUACCUUUUUUUGGCGGCAGAUAAAGCUGGAUUAAGUGUCGCGGGAGUUGUGCUGCGCAGCUACGGUUUCAGUGAAAGUGCACCGAGUGAGGCUCGGUGCGGUCAUGAUGACAAGUUGACUCUCGGUGGUGAAGACAACCUUUCGAAGUGCCGGCGAUGAAGCUGGGCCAAGCUCAAAGUGUGAAUAUGUGCCAAGAAAGGACUAUGUGGAGGUGGAUUACAGCGUCCGUUCUUCUGGCUCUCGUCUACGCUCAGAAUGCUCGAGCACAGUCAUGCCAGUUUUACCCGCUAGGAGAAAACCGGCGCUUCGAGCGCGUCUCAGAAAAUAUCAAAGUUGGACAAGAAGUCUUCCGGGUGGAAGUCCAUCCCCGGCGCGAGCUCAGAGUGGAAGCGAUGGACAACAGCCUGAGUGACAUCAACUACUUCAGACACGAAGACAUCGACGAUCGGGCUGUUUCCAUCAAGGUGGCCAAAUCUCUGGAGGAUCUCGUCGAUAGGCCCGACCCACAGAGUGUGUUGAAGUUCAAGUUGACCUGUCGAGCAGCAUCAGGAACGGAAGAAGCAUUCCUGCCGGUUACAGUCUACAUCCAAGAUGUCAACGACCACGCACCGGAGUUUCAAAACGUGCCUUAUCACCUGGAGGUUGACGAGCUCACUCCCGUGGGGCUUACUGUGUUUCGUGGCGUCCACGCCAUCGAUCGCGACAAGCCGAACACCCCAAACUCUGACGUCACAUACGCCAUUGUGGGCGGAAAUGAGAACAACUCGUUCGCGCUCUCCGAUCCAUUGGAAGGCAUCAUCGUCAUCAAUAAGCCCCUGGAUUACGACAACGGGCCACGUGUCUAUCAACUUGAAAUCCGAGCUAGGGACCACGGUUCUCCGGAGAGCUUCCAGUCCGUAACCACCGUCACAAUUCGCGUCAAAGAUGCCGACGACCAGAGUCCCAUCUUCACUCGGCCCAUUUACAGAACCAACGUUACCGAAUCAGCAGCCAUAACCGGCGCUCGACUACGAGUGAAGCUCGAGAUGGACGCCCCAGUGCACGCUUUCGAUCAAGACCUGGGCAUCAACGCUCCUUUGCGCUACUCCAUCAUUCACGGAAACGAACUGGGCAUCUUUGAGCUUCAAGAACAGACCGCUGAACUGUUCAUGGUUCGCGAAGUGGACCUGGAAUCCCUGCCAUCGCCAGUGUUCACGCUCCAAGUCCAAGCUACGCAAAUGGACAACUCCCUGCGGUAUGCCAUCGCUAAGGUGGAAGUGACGGUGAAAGACAUCAACGACAACGUACCGGUGUUCGAUUACGACAUGUAUAACAUCACCAUCAUGGAGAACCUGCCUCCGGGUUUCACCGUCGUCCAGGUGCACGCUAUAGACAGAGACUCCGGUGAAAAUGCAGACUUCGUGUAUCACCUGAUCGACGAAACGGGAGGAUUCAUGAUCGACGAAAAAGAAGGUUGGAUUCGGGUGAAGGACCCUUCGAAGCUGGACAGGGAGAAAGUAGAGAAGCUUGGGAUGAAGGUCCUGGCUUUGGAGAGGAAGCCCAAUGUGAACCCCGAGGCGAAGGCCAGUACAACAGUGGUAGAGGUAUCCUUGUUGGACGCCAAUGACAACAAUCCCCAGUUCAUCCCUGAGGGCGUUUACGUCUUCUCUGUCACUGAGACUGACCCUCCACAGACCAUCAUCGGAUCGGUGAUAGCACUGGACCCUGACUUGAGUGACAACGGACGCGUGGUGUUCUACAAGCAGAACGACACCUUGAGUUCCAGUGUGCCUUUCGGGGUGCACCCGUUUAACGGGUCCAUUUACGUGGAAAGCCGCUUCGCUCAGAUUGCUGUCAAGCCGGAACGCUACACCUUUUUCGUCGUCGCAUCGGACAGCGCAAGGAGCGUACAUGAAAGGAGAACUGCAGUGGCUGUGGUUCACGUGAACGUGACAGACGUCAACAAUAACGUUCCUGAAUUUGUGGGAGCUCCUUAUGAAGCUCACGUUGGAGAAUCCUUACCCGCGGGGGCUCUCGUCACUCAAGUUUCGGCGCGUGAUUUGGACUCCAACACAGCCCUGGCGUAUUCUUUCAUCGCCGGAAACGACGACGAAACCUUCAGGAUGGACCAGUUGACUGGUGUGAUAACGACGGGAACGGUGCUGGACUUCGAAAAGAAGCAGAGCUACGAUCUUCUCGUUCAAGUCUCUGACGGUUUCAACACUGCAGUAUCUCCGCUCACCGUACACGUCGUGGACAUCAACGAUCAACAACCUGUCUUUACGCACAACUACUACAACUUCUCUGUGGUCGAGGAGAUCGCAGAAAAUGUCACCGUUGGAACUAUCCGUGCUAUCGAUCGGGACUCCGGACGCAACGCCGCCAUUCGCUACACAAUUCUGGGCGAUCACGCUAACAAUGCCUUGUACGUUGAUGAAGAAGGUAACAUCGUGACACGCCGAAGCCUCGACCGGGAAGUUGAACCCAAGCUGGAGUUCUUGGUGAUCGCUUUUGACGGAGGCAUCCCUCAAUUGAGUGGCACAACGACAGUGGCUGUUCAAGUAGAGGACAUCAACGACAAUCCGCCUUACUUCGACGGGGACACGUUCUUUGUGAACGUUCCGGAAGAACAGGAUCCGCCACAAGAGAUCUUCAAAUUGCAGGCCAAAGACGUGGACACUGGGGACAACGCCGUGAUGAAGUACCGCAUCAUUGGCGGUAACGAGGACGAAGCAUAUGCCAUUAACGAAGACACGGGCACAAUUUCCACGACGAAACGACUGAAUUUCGAGACAAGACCCGAAUAUGUGCUCCAAGUGGCGGCCUUCAACAUCAAGCCUUUCCAGGGCCCCAACGCUGCGUCCACUGGAAACCCCGUGGUGAACCUCAUCGUAAAAGUUCAGGAUGUCAACGACGAGCUGGUGGCUUUCCAGCAAGCUUCGUACAACUUCCGCAUAUGGGAAAACACAACGCGUAGCGAGACAGUUGGAUUUCUGAACGCGACCAACCUCCAUCGGCAGCCAGGGGAUCAGCAGGUGGCCUUCUGGAUCACCGAGGGCAACGAAUUGGGAAAGUUCUGGAUUAAUCCCAACACGGGCGAGGUAGUCCUCAUGGACAGCGUCGACAGGGAUCCGCCAGAGAACCAGGUUCAGUUCAGAUUACGGGUAUUAGCGAGGGACCUGCUUUCGAUCUCGCCGUUCAACACUUCCGUGCCGGUUAUCAUCGAUGUGUUGGAUGUUAACGACAAUGCCCCUACGUUCGGAGAAGACAAGUUUGCCCUCGAGCUUCCAGAAAGCCUCCCUGUCGGAACCGAGCUUCCUGCCUUCUAUGAAGCCAAAGAUAACGACGCUGGAAGAAAUGGAAAGAUCGUGCAAUUUGCCAUAACUGGUUCGGAAGACAAGUUCUUCGUAAAUAACGUUACUGGCUCAUUGACCUUGAUAUCGGAACUCGACUACGAAACUAGCGAUACUCACGAGUUCGUAUUGUCAGCAGUCGAUGGGGGAACUCCACCAAGGACAGGAUCGGCGACAAUCAUCAUAUCGGUGCAGAACAUUAACGAGUACAGCCCGGAAUUCGUUGGCCUUCCGUAUAACUUCUACGUAGCUGAAAAUGCUGCCAAGGGAACGAGCGUGGGCCAGAUUCACGCACAGGAUCAAGACGGGAACAGGGUUGUGUAUGCUGUCUCUGAUGGGGAUGCUGAAUACUUCGGCAUUGAAAAGGACACAGGAAAGCUGUUUGUGAAAAAGAACUUGGAAUCACGCACGGAAUAUGCGUUUGUUGUGACGGCGACUGACGAUGGAGUGCCGGAAAACCACACUCUGGGCGUUCAGGUCGUCGUUUACGUGAAAGAGGUCAACAACUAUCCCCCAGUAUUUUCGCACUCCAGCUAUAAAGGAUCUGUCUUGGAGAAGUACGCCACUGAUCGUGUUAUCAUCAAGCUUUCGGCAACCGAUAAGGACCUUCAGAACAACACGAUCACGUACGACAUUACGAGCGGCAACGACGAUGGCACUUUCAUGAUCGACCACCAGUUGGGCGAGAUCCGCGUAAAUCCGGCCGCCAUCAAUCUCCUCGACUACGACCGAAAGAAGCAAUACGUCAUGCUUGUGCAAGCCAAAGACUCCCACAACACACCUCUCUUCGGCCUCUCCAUGGUUACCAUAGACGUCCUCGACUCCAAUGACCAUGCCCCUACGUUCUCUAAGACCGCGUACUCCGCUUCCCUCCCUGAAAACUUGCCUGCUGGACAUUGUUUCCUGAGCAUUCACGCGGACAGCGGUGACUCGAUUGACCAGUUGACGUACGAGAUCCUCAACAAAGACAUUCCAUUCACCGUAAACGUCCGCACUGGCGACGUCUGCACCUCGGAAGUCCUCGACCGUGAACGCCGCGACAGCUACGAGUUCGCCGUGUCCGCAACAGACGGAAAAUUUGACGUCAAGGCGCCGGUCAGCGUUGAAGUCGUCGACGAGAACGACAAUCCCCCACGCUUCGAGAAAGAGCGCUACACCGUCAGCAUCCCUCACGACUCCCAAGCAGGCCGCUCCGUUAUCCAGCUUCACGCCAUCGAUCUGGACGUGGCAAAUAACGGAGAGAUCACCUACUGGAUCAAGAACACUCACGGUAUCUUCGAAAUCGACGCCAAAACUGGCCUUGUGCGUAUGGCAGCCGGGUUGCCCGGCAGCGCCAUGAAGAACUUCAGUUACGAAAUGGAAGUGUUCGCUCAAGAUCAUGGAGCAGCCUCUAACAUCGGAAAGACCAUGCUAGUAGUGAAGGUUUCUAGUACGCUGAACAACCCUCCUGUCUUUGAUAGGUUCGCGUACAGUGUCAACGUCGACGAGAAUGCCGCCAAUGUUCCACUCGUGCAAGUGCACGCCAUGGAUCCUGACGAAGGUAGUUCCGGAAAGGUGUUUUACAGGAUCGCGAGAGCGACAAAGCGAGAAGCUUUCAGAAUCGAUUCGCAAACUGGUAAAAUUAUGUUGGUGUCGCCGUUGGACUUCGAGCAAGUGAAGCACCUCGAGGUGUUCGUCGAAGCCAGAGAUGAUGGCAGAGAGCCGCAGUUUGCAACAACUAUUGUGCAGGUAACUGUGAACGACGUGAACGACAACAGCCCAGAGUUCCUGUCGAUGCCACGAACGCUUCGCAUACCCCAGUCGACAUCUCAGAACGAGAUCAUUUACCGCGUACAAGCCAUCGACUUAGACUCCUCAGCUGGAGGAAACAAUGACAUCAAGUUCGAGCUCAACCCUCCUAGUCAACGCUUCUCCAUUCAUCCCAAAACUGGUCAGGUCUUCGCCACUCAACCUUUGCAGCUCGGCGCUGAAACGUUGAGGAUCGUCGCAACUGACAGUUCCAUAUAUCCUUUGACAAGUGCCGUGGAAAUGCGCGUGGAGGUGUUCAGGGAAACGGUUGACGAACCAACGCCUGCGUUCUCUUCCAUCCAAUACACUGUGGACUCCGCGUCAGUAAUCGAAGCGGGUGCCACAGUAUUGGAAGCACGUGCUACGGUUCCCAAUGGUAGCCCAGUGUGGUACAACAUCACCGGCGACGACGGAAGUCACGUUCGGCGGUUCUCCAUCAAUCAUGACACAGGGCGUAUUGUGACGACAAAUCGUCUGGACGCAGAGAAGCAGCCCGUGUACCAUUUUAUGGUCGUUGCAGUAAACAGGAACGAUCCACAGCACAUGGCCGAAGCUGGAGUCGUGGUACAAUUGACCGACAAGAAUGUCAAAUGCCCCAAGUUCCCGUUCACCGAAUACUUUGCUUCGAUUCAAGAAAAUUCGCCUCCAGACACGGUUGUACUUCCGAAUCUCAUCGCUGAAGAUGCUGAUAAGUUUGAAAAGAUAUCUUACCAGAUCACCGAGGAUAACUCAAACGACAACUUCCUAUUGGACACGAAGCAAAGCCUAGUUUCUCUGAAAGUGAAAAAGCCUCUAGACAGGGACAGCAUGCCGUCUAUUCUACAAGGCAUUUAUACGCUAACGAUCACCGCAAGUAACUACAAAUGUUCCGGUAGUAGUCGUGUCAAGGUGUUUGUGGAAGAUGUCAACGACAACAGUCCCGUUUUCGAGAAGAACGAUUACGUUGUUGAACUAGAAGAGAAUACUCCUCCAGGACAAACGGUCACACACCUGACAGCCAUGGACAGAGAUGGUUUAGAUCAGGGCAAAAUUCGAUACUACAUCUUGGACGGAAACGGAGGAGAAGAAUUCAGCAUGGAUGAAACAACUGGAGUUAUCUCCGUCAGAGUGAUACCCGACAGGGAGAAAACGCCCGCAUACAUGCUCAAAGUACUAGCUGUCGACUCCGCAAAUAACACUGGGCGCGCGGGUGUGCACAUCAUCAUUAAGGAUACAAACGAUUGGACGCCAACCUUCCUCAACGAUACUUUCUACCUGAAUGUGACCGAAGGACCACCAAGCGUCGGUGCAUUUGUUCAACUCCCAGUCGCUGAUUAUGAUGACGGUAUCAACAGACAAGUGGAGCUCUACAUAGUUGACGGGAACAACGAGAAUCAAUUCCGGUUGGGCGUCAAUGAAAAUGGGGCCGUGCUGAAAGUAGUAUCUGAACUCGACCGAGACAAGUACAAGGUACCCGAUGCCGCAUUACAUCUGGUUGUUGUAGCAGCGAGAGAUAUGGGUACACCUUCAAGAACGGGCUCCACUACUGUUGCUAUUGUCAUUCAAGACGUGAACGACAGCCCACCGCAGUUCGAGAAGGAUUCAUAUUACGAAUUUGUUUCUGAAAGUGCCCCUGUGGGAGGUGUGAUCGACACUGUGAGAGCAACAGAUCCUGAUUCGCCCAAGAACACAAACAUCAGCUAUUCUUUCGCCCAUAGCACUGGUUCAAUUCCGUUUAUGAUUGAUCCUAUCCUUGGAACUGUCAACAUUACGAGGGCGCUGGAUAUAUCUGAAAGCCAAGAGUACAGCAUUGAAGUCGAAGCCGAUGAUGGGCUUUGGAGAACUAGCACCACCAUGAAAAUUUACGUCAGCGAAGCCGAAGAGCGUGAUCCCCGGUUCGAUCAGCUUCACUACAAAUUCCACGUGCUGGAAAACAUCGCCGGCGCCAAAGUCGGCCAGGUGGAACUUCAAUCAAGAACCGUGCGGGCGAACAGUCAAAUGCGGUACAGCAUCAUCAACACCGAUGUCAGGCCGUUUUUCAAUAUUUCACAGGACGGAGAAAUUUACACGCGAGUCGGUCUAGACAGAGAGAAAAGAAGCAAAUACACGUUCACGGUUAUGCUCGAAGAAAAGCGACCCACCACAAAAGUGAGCGUAAGUGAAGUGACGGUCGAGGUGGUGGACGUAAACGAUGAAGUUCCAACUUUCAUGCAAUCGUACCAAGGAACAAUCCGGGAGAACUCCCCGCCGGGGACACUCGUCACGGUGACACCAGCAAUCGCGGCCAUCGAUAACGACAGUGGAAACAACUCUGUCGUGCGUUACAGUUUGGGAGGAUCUGGUAGUGACCUCUUCUCCAUUCUCGACUCUGGUGUCGUGAUUUUCACGGGUGGCACCCCCGUUCAAGUACUGGACCGUGAACUCGCUGAUCAUUACGAACUGCAGGUAACUGCGCGGGAUCUGGGUAACUUGAGCUCAUCCACGUACCUGACAAUUAAAGUGGAAGACGAGAACGACAAUGCCCCCGUGUUCAAACAUGGCCCACUCCGUGUUCUGCUGCCUGAAACAGCUCGCCCUGGAGCAAGAGUAGCCCAGGUUGCAGCCGCGGACGCUGAUGAAUCAGGGGUGAACUCCAAGGUUGAAUACUCUAUCGUGUCUGGAAGCAGAGGCAACGUCAGGAUUGACAGGCAAACCGGCGAAAUUUUCGUCGUCGGUACCCUCAAACCGGAGACGGUUUAUCUCUUGAACGUUUCCGCUGCUGACGGACGCGGCUUAGCUAACCUCAUCGUUGUCAACAUCACUGUGCUGGAUGUGAACGAUCACAAGCCGACGUUCGUCAAGCCCGAGUACAGCUUCUCUAUACCGGAAGGAAGUUACAAGGAAGAGAGAGCACGCCUUGGAGUCCUCCGUGCUGUCGAUGAGGACAGAGGAAAGAAUGGAGCUGUGGACUAUGCACUCAUUACGCAGAAGGACCAAAACUUGCCAUUCCACGUGGACGUUCAUACAGGAGAACUUUUUGCCACUGGCAUUCUGGAUAGAGAAACGAAGAAGGAUUACCGCUUCCAGAUCCUUGCGUUGGAUAACGGGGAACCGCCUCAGAAUUCAACCGUGAACGUAACGAUAACGGUGGAAGACGUCAACGACGAAAAGCCAAGAUUCUUCACCGACCCAUACUUGGCUCAGAUUCCUGAGAACCUGGAUCCAGGACAAAAGGUUACACAGAUUCGCGCUUUUGAUCCGGAUACCGGUGAAAAUGGAUUGGUGUUUUACAAGCUCGGUGGUGGUCACGGAAACAAGUUCUACAUUGACAGUAAAGACGGCACAGUAUGGACACUGAGCAAGCUGGAUUAUGAAAAGCAAGAGUUCUACAACAUGACUGUGAUCGCGUACGAUCAGGGAAAGCCAAGUUUGACCGCCAUGGCCAAGCUGUGGGUGACGGUAACAGAUCGCAAUGAUGUCAUUCCCGAAUUCCCGAAGUCUGUGUACACGUUGGAAGUAGCGGAAAAUACCCGCGUCGGAGACGUUGUCUACACCCUGGAUGCCGGCCAGGGGAACUUCCACUACAAGCUAGACAACGCAAAUGAAGUUGACACUUUCCGAGUUGAACCAAGUACCGGAGAGAUCCGACUUAGCAAGGCUCUUGAUAGCCUUCACCAAAGCCAUUACAAACUGUCCGUCUCAGCAACCGACAACGGUGACCCGCCCAAAUCUGACCAUGCCGAAGUUAACAUCAUCGUUGGCAGCGGUCAAGGUGUCCGGCUCUUCCCAUUAAGGCUGUACGAAGUUCUAGUCUUUGAAAACCAGUUGGCCCCUCAAGUAGUGCUUGAUCUGAAUGCUACGGAUGAAAUUUCUCAUCGUCCGGUGGACUACAGCAUCGUUGGAAAAGACUACAAUGGCUUGUUCGCCAUUGAACCUGACACCGGACGCCUUUCGGUCACAUCUAGUCUCGACAGGGAAGCGCAGCCCAAGUACGUCGUCAAAAUACGCGCCAUGAACAAGAGGCGAGUAGGAAGAGCAGUGCGUGAUAACGAAAUUCGCCGUGGUGAAGAAGAGAGCGAACACGUCGCUUUCGAUGAGGCCCUAGUCGUAGUCAACGUGGGCGACGAAAACGACAAUUCUCCUGUCUUCGAUAACCAGGGUAAACCAAUCGUCGCUGCUGUCCCAUUGGAAGCCUCCUUUGGUUACCAGGUCACAAAACUCCACGCACGAGAUGCUGACACUGGCUACAACGGAGCGAUUCGCUACGAAAUUAUUCAGAAGCCAGAAGACGCAUCUUCCAAGUUCCAGAUUGACCCAGUGACUGGCAUUGUGCGCUCGGUUGUUACUUUCUCUCUCGACGGAGGGAAGAUGUACGGGUUCGACGUCAAGGCAGUAGACCGGGAAGGUUCCGAAGGGGGGAACUCCGCUGUAGCAAAUGUCUUCGUGUACGUCUUGCCGGAAACCAAGCUGGUCCUUUUCGUGACCGAUACUCCUCCGGUGCACGUGGAGCAGAACAUCGAUAGAAUUCUCGGGUACCUAGGGAACGUUACUGGGUUCGAUGUCAAAAUGGCAAAGCUGGAGCCACACCACGAAGACGAGGUUGAACACCCAGAAGCAUCGGACUUGUUCCUCUAUGCUAUCAACAAAGACACCAACGAGAUUGUGGACACGGACACACUGCUGACCGUACUGAAUGACAACUCUCAAGUGAUAGUUCGCUACCUCGAGACAUUCCGUAUCCGGCGUAUCCAAGGUGUAUCCGUGCAGGAAAAGAUUAGCCAGAUGGGAACGACAGAGAUCGCCAUCAUUGCUCUCAGCAGCGUUAUAUUCCUGGGUGCUGUCCUCGGCAUUGUACUUCUUUGCUCCUCUUGCCAGAGAAAGAAAUUGCGAAAGCGUCAGAAGACAUGGGAACAGCAACGCCUGUACAGCAUAAAGAAUCCCCUGAUGGGGAAAGGUGCGGGCAACCCUUAUGGGGGCCGUAUUCCUGGAGGGCCUCCUGUCGGCGCACCAGCUUCCAAUCUGCAGUACAACAACGUUGAUGACGUGCCAAUGGACUACAAUGACAGUUUGACAGAUACCUACUCAGUCAGUAAACACAACAAGAUGAAGUUGCGUCAGACGGCCCCCGAUGGCGCAUCAACCCUCAAUCCACCCCGUAGCCCACGAUUUGAGCGUUACGGAAAAAAUGAAGCCGGUUGGUACGACAACAGAGAUGUAGACACUGUAAAAUCGGAUGUUACGGGCUCAAACUUUACAAGCUGGUCCUCCAGGAGGUCUCACCAGUCUCGGAGCAAACCAGUAACGGAGUUAUGAGUGCAGCGUCGCUCCUCACACUAGCGUUUCUUUUCUAUUUUUUAAACACGUGCGCAUCGCUUGCCCGCAACCGACAGCGUAACCCAAUAACAACUGCGAAGACGCCGGAAUGUGCUUCACGUUGGGAAGCUCCAAGUCUGCAAUGGACGCAUGAAACGACGGGUUGCAGACAUCAUCAUGGGACACUUCGAGCGAGUCUCAGUGUGUGUGUGUGUGUGUGUGUGCAGUGCUACAGAAAGGUGACUUUUACAAACUUGUUGUGGCCUGCAGCAUUGGGGUCUUCAUGAUGAUGUAAUUUAUGACGUAAGUGCCUUGUGAGAACAUUUUGCAUACUCACUAAUAUUGCCAAGGGCAAAUAGUUCUCUGUACUCAUGCAUGUGCUUCAACAUGCUUAGAGAAUACUUUUUUUUUCUUGAUUAUGCUGAUCAUGAAGUAUAUGCUGAUGACUUCGUUGAUAUACUUUCAGCUGCACUACAAGUGCCAAUCGUUAUGAAAUGUGCCACUGGCUGGAUAACUUAAAUGUAAUUCGUCGUGUCGGAUGUAUCGUUAUCCGGCUUUCCUGCGUUCCUUCGACAACGCAGUGUCUAGGCCUUUCAUACCAAGAACUUUGCUGAGUAACCCUAGAGUCAUAGCGGCAUAACUCGCUCAAAGUCAACCGCUCCGUAGAAUGACGCCGUUCUCAUGUCGGACUUGUGGCGUGCGUCCCACGUUUUCAACGCAUCAGAAGAGAAGACUGGGCGAUACCAUUUUGAUGGCAGUUGGUCUUGAGCUCAUACUUUUGCAGUGACAGUCUUAGUGUUCGACUAUGGGGGCUUUGCAUAUUCUUACAUAGAAAGAUCACCUCUUCCAGCCCCAGUUGUGCUUCUGAAGUAUGCGUGCAUGUGCGUGUGAGAUACACAUUCAUGAUAUCACCUGUGUUGUAAAAAAUGUCGGUCAAAACUAAUGAAGGUGUACAUCAUGUAUGAGAACCUGCAUGCUGUCUGUUUCUUGUAAAUAGCUCCUAAAAUACCUAUUAUUUUAUUUUUGUUUAUAUCAAAUAAAAUCUAGAGUCUACAGGUUA